CACGCAGGCCGUAUUAUAAUCAAAUAAACUAUAGCCACAAUCAUCCACCAUGCAUAUCAUACAUCCACACAGGCAAAAGAGAUAUACAUACACCGGGUGAACCGCGCUCACCCCAGACAGGACUGAAGUAGAGUAGACGGUUAAAUCGAGGCAAGAUUGAACUCCGAGUCGGCAAUGGUGCACCUGUUGUAGCUUUGGCAAUCGGAACUUAUAGUUUAGUCUUGCCUAGUGGUCUAAUGUUGGAAUUAAACGAUUGCUUGUACGUUCCUGCAAUUAGCAGAAACAUUAUUUCUGUUUCAUGUCUUGAUAAGAGUGGUUUCAUCAUUUCUAUUAAAGACAAGUCCCUUUCCGUUUACAGAAAGAAUGUUUUCUAUGCUAAUGCCAACAUGACCAAUGGGUUAUAUGUCCUUGACUUGGACAUGCCUGUCUAUAACAUAUCAGCCAAGAGGAACAAACCGAACGCAGAUCAUGUGGACUCCUCCAAGGCCCACGCUGCAGGCACCUCACAGGUUCUUUCCCCUGUCCCCACACCUAGGCCCUCCCCUAUCCAUUCUUUGGCCCCAUCCUUGGUGAUAGUCACCGAUCCCAUCUCCCCCUUGGAAGACCAUUUUCUCAAGAAGUAUAUGCAUAAAGGAAGUAAGGAUGACAUGGCCGUAUCCAAGGGAAACAGAGCCAGUGAUGAAUUCUUACAGCAAGUACUUGGUUUGAAGGAAUCUAAUCUUGAAGACAUCAAUGAAAUUACUACUCAUUCAGAUCUUGAUGAACAUGAGGUUAUGGAUCAGUCCCCUCUUGAACCAUUUGAACUCAAUACACCAAAACCUGGGAGCCCAGGCCUUCUCAUUACUAGAGGAAGGGGCCUAGAUGAACACAGAGGACCUAUCUUGCCUAGCUUUAAAGGUAUGGAAGAUUUCUCUUCUUGCAUUGCUUCUUGUGAUCUUAAUAACAUUUCACCUAAGGGCGGAAUUUUUACGUGGCAUGGGAAAAGAUCCCAAGGCAAGGUCUGGAGGAGACUGGAUAGGGCUCUUGUGAACACAUAUGCAAUGAACUUCUUUGAUGACAUCACUCUUAACCACCUUAGCAGGAGUGGCUGGGACCACAAACCAAUCCUCCUUAAAGACAACCGAGCUGCUGCAAACCUUGCAUCAGCCAAACUUCUAAAUGCAUGUAAAAGGGAGGCUAGUUACUGGUUUCAAAAGUCUAACAUCAAAUGGAUGAAGGAAGGAGAAUCCAAUUCAAAGUUCUUUCACUCGGUGGUCAAGGGAAAGAGGGCUAAACUCAAGAUCACAACUAUAAAAUAUGAGGAGGGAGUUAACCACAUAGAUAAUAACAAAAUCGCUACCCUAGCUGUUGAGCACUUCACCAAGCUUUUUGAAGAGAGUCCUUGCAAAGCUCCUGAGGAAACCCUGAGAUUUAUUCCAUGUACAGUUACAGCCGAAGACAACAACUCUUUUAAAAAGCUUCCUUCUAUGGAAGAAGUGAAACAAGCAGUGUGGUCGCUCAAUGAAAAUGCAGCUCCUGGUCCUGAUGGCUUUAAUGGAGUUAAGGUUCCGGUUGCUUUUGCAAGCACAAUUAUCACCUUAAUUCCCAAGGUAAACAGCCCCAUCAAAUGGAAAGAUUUCAGGCCAAUAUCCUUAUCAACAUUCGUGAGUAAGAUUAACUCUCGUAUUCUGGCAACGAGACUUAGCAUAGUUAUCAACAAAGUCAUUGGGCCUGAGCAAGCUGGAUUCCAGCAAGGGAAAUCUGUUGAUGAUCAGAUUCUCUUGGCUCAAGAGAUGGCUCACCAUCUUGAACGCAAGGUUGAAGGUGGCAACAUCAUAGUUAAGAUUGAUAUGGCUAAUGCGUUUGACAGAAUGAGCUGGACAUUCUUGGAGGCUGUUUUGGAAAAAAUGGGUUUUGAUGAAGAUGUCUCAAACCUCCUCCUUUCUAAUCUCAAGGCAACUAAAAUGUCUAUCUUAUUCAAUGGGUCACCUAAAGGGUUCUUUAGCAUGAAAAGGGGUGUUAAACAAGAGAGCCUCAAACGUGCAAAUUUUGGUGGCUUCAGGAUCAGCUCUCUUACUCGGUUCCAGGUGCUCAUCAAUUUUUCAGAAGAAGAAGAUUAUUACAGACUCCUUACUAAGCGGAGCUGGAAGGUUUUGGAUGGCAGGUUGUAUCUCUCCAAAUGGUCUCCUUCAUACUUACAAUCUAAAGAAAGCCCUCUCUUCCCUAUUUGGGCUACUAUCAAGCAAAUUCCCAUACACCUUCAAGAUCCUAGAGCUCCUCUUCCCAUUACGAGGCUUAUUGGAAUACCUAUCAAAAUGGACGAGCGUACAGUUCAGGCAGAAUAUUUGAACACUGCUAGGGUUCUGGUAGAUGUCGAUCUCUCUAAGCAACUUCCUAGCAAGAUUAAGGUCAGAAUUGGGGAAACAAUUAACUUCUUUCCGGUUAGUUUCCAGGAUGUGCCCAUUUUUUGCUCUAAAUGUAGCAGGUUUGGACACUCUUGCUAUACUGGGAAAAUCCCCUCCAACGAGCCCACCGGAAAAAUCCUCACCAGUGGGAAUUUUCAGACCGGAGGUAAUGGAUGCCUUGACCACUCCAAGCACCAAGAGACAAAGGGGAAAUGGGUCCUGGUAGAGCACAGAAAGAAAGCGCCAAAAGUGGGAAGGACCUCUUUUCAGAAUGGGGGGUCGUGCAAUAACAUUAUUAUGCCCAAGCCAUGUACUACUUUACAAUUGGAAACAGCAGAUCAUGUGGACUCCUCCAAGGCCCACGCUGCAGGCACCUCACAGGUUCUUUCCCCUGUCCCCACACCUAGGCCCUCCCCUAUCCAUUCUUUGGCCCCAUCCUUGGUGAUAGUCACCGAUCCCAUCUCCCCCUUGGAAGACCAUUUUCUCAAGAAGUAUAUGCAUAAAGGAAGUAAGGAUGACAUGGCCGUAUCCAAGGGAAACAGAGCCAGUGAUGAAUUCUUACAGCAAGUACUUGGUUUGAAGGAAUCUAAUCUUGAAGACAUCAAUGAAAUUACUACUCAUUCAGAUCUUGAUGAACAUGAGGUUAUGGAUCAGUCCCCUCUUGAACCAUUUGAACUCAAUACACCAAAACCUGGGAGCCCAGGCCUUCUCAUUACUAGAGGA